AUAGCUUUUUCUUUUUUCACCUAGCAUUGCUCUUCCUAUGACUCAACGCCGAGUUUGAAUAUUUUUUUUUGUCUGCUGGUGCAGCCACACAAGCGGCACAUGUGUUUGACGACUGACUGAUGUCGAUGUGGGUACUUCGUUUGCGAAGCACCAUCUGCGUGGUCGGGAAUAAAUUGAAUGGAAAAGCAAACCCACGAGUGGAACGGUUCAUUUGACGCUGUCGACUGCGUUCGCCCUGAACUUAAGUACAGACCAUCGCUGAGCGUGAAAAUGCGCGCCACUGUGCCAGUACUUCUCCUGUGCAUGGCCACACUGGCUGUAAGUGAAGAAGAACAAAGGCCUCGUUUGGUCCUUGUGACUGAACGAACACACGAACAGUGUUUCCCGAUCCGAUUCCUGGGCUUAUUCGUCUGCGUGGAAUGGAGCAACAUCGAUAUGUUUGUACCAUCAGGCAAUCACACUGGGCCAGAUCCAAACAGCACAUCUGAUUCGUCGUCACCGCCACUCGAUACAACCUCAGAUGGCGACUCUGAAUCUCCUACAGCUGCUGAUGAAUCGACCCCAGUCGAGGACAGCUCUGCAGAAAUCACGGCGUCUGAUACCCAAGACAUCUCUGAUUCUGGUGAAUCCUCGCCUAGCGAAAGUGGUGCAGAGGGGAGUGAUUAGACAAGCACGAAUGCAUAAUAAAUAUGGUCACUUCGACAAGCACUAACUACGAUGUGUGAUUUACUAAAGGAAGCAAAGCAUGCAAUAGGCCAGCAAAAUAAAUUAUAGCAAACGCCUUUUUCAC